AUGCGAAGCCUGUCGACCGAGUCGAAUCACUUCCACGUUCAUCGUAUCAACCGCGGAGGAUCGCAAAACCCUGCGAGGCCGAUCAUACCCAUCCAACGAAACCCUCCGCGCUCUGGUACCAGCCACACGGUCUACCUAUCGUCCGACAGGUCCCAACGCUACUCAAACCUGACAUCCUGGCUGUGCAAGAUGACACAGCAAGAUCCAGCCGUCCGGAACCCGGAGUCAAAACAAGCUUCGGUCGAUGCACAGGAUCCAACAACGGAGAAGAACCCGUCAAAGUUCCAGAAGGGUCCAAGGUUCUGGGCUAUCAUGGUUGUGCUCUCGCUAGUGAGUCUUCUCACGGCUCUGGAGGCCACAGUCACUUCGACGGUCAUGCCAUCGCUCGUCGCCGAUCUGGGUGGGGGCGAAGAGUUCAUCUGGGUCUCUAAUGCAUACUUCUUGACUAUGUAA